GCCAUCUCCACGGCGUCAUCAGACCUCCACGAACAGCAAGCCUCGCCUCCACAACAUCACGCCAUUACAGAGCUUCUCCUGCCACUCCGUGAGGAGGCUUCAUCCCGCGUCGCGCAACCGUUGCCUUGCCGUGAAGUCCACGACCAGAAGCUGCCCAGAAUGGCCCCGUCGCGCCGCGAAAUCAAGUCGCGCCGCGGCAAGCUCAACCGCUGCGCCACAGUACCUCCCCACGCCGCGGAACCCAUCCCC